AUGGGCACUCACAGAGUGAAUCUGGCGGUGAUCAUCAAGAACCCAUCAAACGAUGAAGAAUUUCUUCUCAUCAAGCAAACCCCACCACCCAAAUUCAACGAUCCUGAAUAUGAUUCUUACCAAGAUUCUGACCUCUGGGAUUUGCCUUUGACACUUUUGACUCCACUGGAUUCUCCAUUAAGUCAACAUAUUUCGGUUGGAGCUGAGGAUUCAUCUCUAUUAGAAAACUUUGGUUUAUUGAAUCAGUUUGAUCUUAAAUUAGCUCUCGAUCAGGUGCUGAAUCAAGUGGGAUUUGGGACAGCCAGUGAGGUAAAGUGGAAGUUCUUGAAGUAUGUAGAAGAGCCUGAAUUUGGUCCUGGAAUCCCUGUUAAGACUAUGUAUCUUGUUGGAAAAUUGGGAUUCCAUGAUGGGAAGUUAAAAGGUCUGAUCGUGUUAUUGUAG